CAGCUGCCCGUCCUUUCCCAGCUGCCCCUCUUGCUCCCGGCCAUCACCAUCGACUCCCAAUAUUUGCUAACCGUGAUCAUCACACCGCUCUCUUGCUUGCCUAUUUUUUCUGGACGUAGGGCCCGCAACACUCGGUGCCCUCUUCGCGAUCCUUAUGCCUAACCCCCCAGUUCUCAGGCGCAACAACAACCACAUACCGCGCGCCGCGUCCCCCCGCACUCCUACCUGCGGUUCUCCCGCUCAGCUCCCUAUUUUUCUGGCCUCGCCCGGUAAUAGGAAGAGCUCCGACAGCUGGACCAGCUCGAACGACCCUCGCGAGGAGAUCGAGGCAGAAUGGCAGUCUGAGCAGGUCCUGCUCCUCCUAAGGACUCUCGACGCCCUACCGUCUCAUACGCUUACUCCUUACAUCGGUCCUGUUCCUCCUUCCAACCUUCUCGAUAAGUUGGCCAAAGGCGUCGUCGAGGCCAAAACUACGUCGGAAUGGCCUCACUCCAUUCGCAAGACGCGUUAUAAACUUGUCGAGCUAGCUCGUCAACGCGCGAAGGAGGCUGUGCAAGAGGAUGCGCGCAAUGAGACUAUCGCUGAGGAAGACGGCGACCACCGCGACGUUUUCCAACCUACCACAAACACAGGCUCCAGAAGGCCCCUAUACAGACAGUCCAGCAUGGACUUCAUGGAGUAUGCCAAGAUGGAUCUCAGCACCACCGACCCUUACUCUCGGGUACUCGAACGUCUGCAAAGGGCCGAGCACCUCCAAUCAGCCUCCGGUCAUCACCCCUAUUGCCGUCCCGGCGGACGUAGUUCCUAUCCAGACUCGUUGCACCCUUCCACUCCCUCCUCAACUACCUUGAACUCGACUCGUUCUGCGCGUAGUUCACGUAGCUCCUUGCGUCGCACGACCUCUACCCUGUCGAUUUCUUCCACUGCACCUGAUUGGUACGUAGGAGCCGAUGCCGAGUGCGAUCGCGAAUGUGCUUCUCCAACCCGCUCCCGCUCCCGCCUUCGUAAACCACUCAAGCGCGCCCCGGACUUCGGAAUCUCUCAGACCCAGUACGACAAACCGACGGUCAAACAGAGAAACUCAACCGGUAGUAACUCUCUCUCGGGUUCCGACGAGGAAGAGAAGUUACGGUCCAUGAAGGCAAAGAAAGCUCGGACACAGAAACGAACUUCGGACGCUUCGUCUGUCGAUAUCUCCAGCCCGCGCGCUUGUCCCAAGUCUCCCGCAGAUAUCGUCAUGGCUUCUCCCGGUACCUUCUCUGCCAGCAACGACCCCGUCAAAUCCACGACCAGUCGGAAGACCAAGCAGCGGUCCUCCAACCCUUCUAAGUCCGCUGACAUCCGUUCCGGUACACCUACGACUUCACCGCAACAGCCUCGUGGUCGACGGGCUAACCUUCAACGGAACCCUUCCAUUUUCGGCCCUGAAUUGCCUAAUCCGCAAAUGACGCCUUCGCCACCGACGUCCGAGUACUACCCAUCUCCCUUGAUGCUCUCCUUGUCCCCUAAGAACUUCACCUCUCCCUCUCCCGCACCGAGCUUCAGUCCCACCUCGAUGAACUUCACCCCGAGUCCACGCUCGUCUUGCACGCCGACAAGGACGUUGAGACGGGUGAGGCAGACGGUGCUGAGGUCGCCUCGGAGGAUCAGUUUUGGGGGUCUUUUGCCGUCAGCGGACGAUGGAAACGUCCAGAACGCGAGUGAAAUGUACGGGUCGUUCUUGCUGGAACCGGUAGAAAUCAGGAUGUCGAACGGGCGGGAUGGUGGUGAGGAGAAUCCCGAGGGGAUUGGUCGUGGGCUGGGACUGGGAAGUGCGUUCCAGCUUCGUUGAACAGAGACUCAUAUAUUACUCGGUAGGUGCCUGUGAUCUACCGAGAUUGUACACUGUAUCAAGCAUCAAUAUCUACUUGCGCUGUGAUUUUUUUCUUUUUUUAUUCUCUUCCAGCGCGUUAGAGUAGACCUUUGACUCGCUCCUCACUUCAAUCUCUUCUGCUUAUUUCUUUUUUUCACCGCCGGUUCAACAUUUUCUUUUCGCUGUUCUGCUUUUGUUUUUCUUUGUUUUUGUCUUUGUUUGUGUUUGCCUUGAAUUUUCUUGAAUUUGUUCGAACCUUCGUUGACCGGCUGGUUCACGUUCCUUACUUUCUUGCUUUCCCCUCUUCUUUCUUUUUUCGUUUCUACUUGCUUGCUUGUUUCAUUCUUACUUCGCUUGCGAGUGCUUAUCCUCGCGCGUUUUCCCCCCUGUCAGUUUGCUUGUUUUUUUCUGCCCGGUCACACUUUUUACGUUGCUUCUUUGACCGGAUGUCCAUAACACUCUUUUAUUCCUCUGCUUUUGCUUCUCUCGUACAUACAUAACUCAUAAAAUCUUUUCACCCGCUUACCCUCUUCCUACCCCUCCUGCCCUCAAUUUCGACAGAGACAUCGAAACCUAUCUCCACUCAUGCACGACGCCUCUCUUACCUUUAUUACUGGGAGCGUCGUUCCCCCUUGACUUUCCCUUAACCUUCGGAAACGACCCUCUUCGUUGGUAGGGGGUGUAUCACUACCUUCAUCUACCGGUGUGGUCUUGCAGCUACACCCUUACGUUAUCCUUAUCUCCAACAUGUCCUCAGACACUUGUGCGCACUUCUGCUUCCUUAUUCUAUUUGUGCGCUCUUGCCGCCUUUCUUCCUUUCCUUGACUGUACAACAAACUUCUGUGCCCUGUCCUUUCUCGUAUACAUAUCUAUCCCCUUACGGUUCGUAAACUUUCUUUUCUUGGUUUCUUGUUUCUCUUUUCACUUUUCCCUCUUCCUUUCCUGUUCUUGUUUCCCCCCAAGCCGACCCUCUAUCACCUUCGACCUGCAUCCUACAACUCCGGACCCGUCAACGGCUUUCGAAUCGAUCUGGAUGCACGUCUCGCACAACGCUACCACCGAUAGUCUUCGCGAGGUCCUCAUUCAAAUUCGGAAUCCGUUGAUACUCUACUCCACCGCGCCUUCCUCGUCAAUCGAAUCCAGGAGCUCCCAACCAUCGCGAUGUCCAUGGUCGCUAUUCCUGGUCGAAUAUCACACAAUUCUUGGCUCCCCUGACGUUCCUGCUCUGGCGAUUGUUCUUUGGUUCUUUGUUCGUUGUACAUAUUUCUUCCCUUCGCCUUUGCCAUAUUGCAUUGGAAUGUACAGUGUACUCGUGUAACCAACUUGUCCUUCUCUUUCUCUCCUUUCAUCGAAGAUCUUGAUUUCUGUCCUCAAUUGUUCUUCUGGCUUGCCUCAACCACCGUUCCGUCCAUUCUCUCUUCCAUCUUCAUCUUUCCGAGCAGGCCGUGUAUUGACUAUCUCCAUUCAUUUGUCCGCGUUCUUGUUGUUCUUGUUCACUGCUGCCGGGUUCAGGCUUGUGCGCAGGACCCCUCCCACUUUCAUCAUUCACAUUUCCACCUGCUCGUGUAUUGAAUAGUAUCCAUUUUCCUUUCUUCGUUCCCUUGAGUCCCUGUU